GUUUACUUUAGCGUCAUUUCAAUGGCGGAACACUGAAAAAAAGCAUUUGAGAGCGGUCAGAUUUCGGAUAUAUUGUUCUAGUUACGAACGAGCUGAGUACUUACAUUUAUCAUCUUGGCUAGCUAACAUAGUAAACGAAUCGUUUUGUCCCAAUAUUUAUCUUAGUAAACCUUCUGGCUGGGGCAUUUCCAUCAAUUAAAGCACGAGAUCCCCGAAAUGGCAGAUAACAACACAGACCAAGAAAAAGCAAUAGCUGCAAAUGCGUUGGAGGCGUUUACGGCUGGAAACUAUGAGGAAUCUUUGAAACACCUUGGGAAGCUGCAAGAGUUGAACAAGGAGGACUACAAGAUUGCUUUGAAUAAAGCAAUAGCUGAAUUCUACAAGAGCGGCCAAACCACCACAUGCACCCUGAAGCAGACUCUUAUUGCAAUGAAAAACCAGGUUCACACUUCAAUGGAGGAUAUUGAUGGUUUGGAUGAUGUAGAAAACAGUCUUCUCUACUACAAUCAAGCUAUCAUUCACUACCACAUGAGACAGUACUCCGAAGCUAUUGCUAUUGGAGAGAGGCUGUACCAGUUUCUGGAGCCGUUUGAAGAGAAGUUUGCUCUGGCGGUCUGCUUCUUGCUGGUGGAUCUGUACCUGCUAACGUACCAGCCAGAGAAGGCCCUCCAUCUCCUUGCUGUGCUGGAGAAACUGUCUGUACAGGGAAAUAACAAGAACGGCAAAGGGGAGAGUGUCAACAGCGCCAACAAAGAUGGUCGGAACCAGAAGGCAGAGUUCAUUGGCAUGAUCGAAGCGGCAAAAUCCAAAAUGCACCAGUACAAAGUGCGAGCGUACAUUCAGAUGAAGUCAUCAAAGGCCUGCAAAAGGGAGAUCAAGUCUGUGAUGAACACAGCAGGGAAUUCUGCUUCCUCACUCUUCCUCAAGAGUAACUUUGAGUACCUGAGAGGAAACUACCGCAAAGCAGUGAAGCUCUUAAACAGCUCCAACAUCGCAGAGCACCCUGGGGCCAUCAAAACAGGUGAAUGUGUGCGCUGUAUGUUCUGGAACAAUCUGGGUUGCAUACACUUUGCCAUGGGGAAACACAACCUAGGUAUAUUCUACUUCAAAAAGGCCCUGCAGGAGAACGACCACACGUGUGCACAGCUGGGGGACGGUGGGGCGACGGGGAACGGGCAAUCUAAGCAGUUCUCGGGCAUCCCCAUGUGUGCGCUGCUAGCCAACAAGCGUUAUGAGCUGCUGUAUAACUGUGGGAUCCAGCUGCUGCACAUCGGCCGGCCCCUGGCGGCCUUCGACUGUCUGAUGGAUGCUGUGCAGGUGUACCACUCUAACCCUGGCCUCUGGUUACGGUUGGCUGAGUGCUGCAUUGCUGCCAACAAGGGUAGCUUAGAACAAGACAACAAGGGUCUUCCGAGUAAAAAGGGUAUCGUUCAGGCCAUCGUUGGGCAGGGCUACCAUCGCAAGAUCAUCCUGGCAUCACAGUCCACCCAGAACACAAUCUACAGUGAUGGGCAGUCUGCAGCCAUUCCGGUAGCCAGUAUGGAGUUUGCAGCGAUCUGUCUGAGGAACGGCCUGGUCCUCCUCCCUGAUCACCAGCAGCAGGAGAACAAGGCAGAGAACGGCUCCAAGACAACCAGCCAGUCAGGCAGCACAGAGAGCGGCUCAGAGAACAGCGACGCCUGCAGUGGGAAGGUUCAAGAAGGAGACAAGUUCCUUUCUGCAGCACCGUCUUCACCUCUGAGGAAACAGGAGGUUGAAAACCUCAGGUGUUCCCUCCUGGCCUGCAGUGCCUACGUGGCCCUGGUGUUAGGAGACAACCUGAUGGCCCUGAACCAUGCAGAGAAGCUCCUUCACCAGACCAAGCUGUCUGGAUCACUCAAGUUCCUGGGACACCUGUAUGCUGCAGAGGCCCUCAUAUCCCUGGACCGGAUCUCAGAGGCCAUCGGUCACCUCAACCCAGAGAACGUCACGGAUGUCUCCAUGGGGGUGUUGUCCAGCGAGCAGGACCAAGGGCCAGAUAAAGGGGAUCUGGAGCCUGUCGAGUCAUGGUGUGUUGGUACAGCAGGGAAGCAGACUCCUCUGUGUUACCCCAGCACAGUGAGCUCAGCCCGGGCCAUAAUGCUGUUCAACCUGGGCAGUGCCUAUUGUCUGAGGAGUGAGUACGAGAAGGCCCGCAAGUGCCUGCAUCAGGCCGCCUCCAUGGUGAAUACCAAGGAGAUUCCUCCUGAAGCCAUCUUACUGGCUGUCUACCUGGAGCUGCAGAACGGGAACACACAGCUCGCCCUGCAGAUCAUCAAACGUAACCAGCUCCUCCCCUCAGUGCUCCAGGCGCCCUCUCCAGACACACGAAAGAAGCCUGUUCCCUCCUCCUUCCAGCCUGUCCAACCACCCAUCCAGAUGCCCUCACCCUUCACAACAGUCCAGCGCAAAUGAGCCCUUGUUCCCCUAACCCUCCUUGCCCCAUUGCACAGCAACACGCACCUGUCCACCUCUCAUCACUUCACCUCAGUGUAUUAUUUAUUUAAGGCAAGCUGACCCCAACUCAGUGCCGGUGUAGGGUGAAGUUGUCCCUAGAUGCUGAUAUUGACUCAGCUUUGUAUUUCCUCCCACUAAUGGUUAAGGUUAACAUUGGUGGAGAGGAAGCUGAUCCUAUAUCUGUACCUAGGGGAAAUUGAACUCCUCAGCACCCAGACGGAGCCCCUCCAGGUCAGGUCCUGGUAUGAAAUGCAGAGGUCUCCUGUCGGGUGGACGAAGGGUGUGUUCACGGCCCAAACUACACCUUAUCCCCUAUGUAAGUGCACUCCUUUUGACCAGAGCCCUAUGGGGCCCUAAUAAAAGUAGUGCCCUAUAUAAGGAACUGGGUAUCAUUUGGGAUGGAGCCUUUAUUCAGUGGCUAUCACCUGCAGUGUCUUUGGGGCAGAUCUGACAUGAUUUCUCUGUUCUCUGAGAGUUUUAACUUUCCAUUUGUGACAGCAACAUCCGUUAUGAUAUAUACUGACCGACUUUUGCUUGGGGCAAAUUAAAUACCUGUAUAAAAAAAUAAAUUUUAUUUACAGAA